AGCGUCAUCGAUGUUUUCCCAGCCAUCGUUCCACCACUAGCGCCUCUCAAAACAACAAAAAAACAGCGGCAGUCGGACGCGGUUUUUAUCGUCGAGCGCGGUUUCUUUGUUUUAGCGCUCGAAAAUUGUCGAGAACUCUCGUAAAAAAUACACUGUACCAAAUAACUAAGUAGUGCAUGCUAAUUGAACAAGCAAAUGAGUUAAAGGUGUAUAUUAUAGUGAAAAGAAGUCAAACAUAACCGAUUUUGUUGGCGGCUUUCUUUUAUUUUCGUUCAGAUACCGUGUUUAAUUUCUCCAGUUUUAUGCAAACACAUGAAUAACAUAACAGUGGAAAUUUCUAACAGUGCAUUGUGAGAUAAAAUUGGAUUAAAAGUCAAAGCAUUGGAUAAAUGCUAAGUUGAAAUAACAACACAAAUAAGGGCAAAUCAAAGGAAAUCAAAAUCAAGUUGGAUUAUCAGCACAGCUUCUGGGUAAGACUUGCCACAGGAUGUGGACUUGGUUUUCUUGUGGCUGCUUUCACCUGCCGCAGCAGCGAUAUUCCUAACACCUCUCCGCGUAGAAUAGGCAUUUCCGGUCGUGCAGCGCGGAAACAGCAAUAGCAGCAGCAGCAGCAGCAGCAGCAAUCAGCAGCGCUGCUAGCAACAUCGGACGAUAUCAGAUAUAGACAACCUAUAUACACAUAUAUAUUUAUUCGCCGCCGCUGUCGCCGCCUUGUUCUUCGCGAUUUCGUCGCCGUCAGCGUUCGUCGCCGACUGAGACGAAAGCUGCGAAGCAACGAGCGCCAGCGAAAGCCUCACCACGGACGCAUUUAUGGAUGCGGGCGGCCUGCCAGUUUUUCAGAGCGCCAGCCAAGCAGCCGCCGUCGCCCAGCAGCAGCAACAGCAGCAGCAGCAGCAACAACAGCAGCAACAUUUGAAUCUCCAGUUGCAUCAGCAACACUUGGGCCUCCAUCUGCAGCAGCAACAGCAGCUGCAACUGCAACAGCAGCAGCACAAUGCCCAGGCGCAGCAGCAGCAGCAGAUCCAAGUGCAGCAGCAGCAGCAGCAGCAACAACAGCAGCAGCAGCAGCAGCAGCAACACUCGCCCUACAAUGCCAACCUGGGAGCAACAGGCGGCAUUGCUGGAAUCACUGGCGGCAACGGAGCUGGCGGCCCUGCGAAUCCAGGAGCGAUACCCAACGCUCCGUGCGACACUAUGCCCACCAAGCGGAUGCCGGUCGUCGAUCGGCUGCGACGCCGCAUGGAGAACUACCGCCGCCGGCAGACGGAUUGCGUGCCACGCUAUGAACAGGCCUUCAAUACCGUCUGUGAGCAGCAAAACCAGGAGACCACCGUCCUCCAGAAGCGCUUCCUCGAGAGCAAGAACAAGCGGGCGGCCAAGAAGACCGACAAGAAGCUGCCCGAUCCCUCGCAGCAGCAUCAGCAGCAGCAGCAGCAGCACCAACAGCAGCAGCAGCACCAGCAGCAUCAGCAACAUCAGCAACACCAGCAGGCCCAGACCAUGUUAGCCGGACAGCUGCAGAGCAGUGUUCAUGUGCAACAAAAAUUCCUGAAACGACCCGCGGAGGAUGUUGACAAUGGCCCUGACAGCUUUGAACCGCCGCACAAGUUGCCUAAUAAUAACAACAAUAGCAAUAGCAACAACAACAACGGCAAUGCGAAUGCCAACAACGGCGGCAACAACAAUGGCUCCAAUACCGGCAACAACACGAACAACAACGGCAACAGCACCAACAACAACGGCGGCAGCAACAACAACGGCUCUGAGAAUCUAACCAAAUUCUCGGUGGAAAUUGUUCAGCAACUGGAGUUCACCACAUCGGCGGCCAAUUCGCAACCGCAACAGAUUAGCACUAAUGUCACUGUAAAGGCGCUGACCAACACAUCGGUGAAGAGUGAACCAGGUGUGGGCGGUGGCGGAGGGGGCGGCGGUGGUGGCGGUAGCGGUAACAACAACAACAACGGAGGCGGGGGAGGCGGCGGAAACGGUAACAACAACAACGGAGGUGAUCAUCACCAGCAACAGCAGCAGCACCAGCAGCAGCAGCAGCAACAAGGCGGCGGACUGGGUGGCCUCGGGAAUAAUGGAAGGGGCGGGGGACCCGGCGGCAUGGCCACGGGUCCCGGGGGCGUGUCCGGCGGCCUUGGCGGCAUGGGCAUGCCACCCAACAUGAUGUCCGCCCAACAGAAGUCGGCACUGGGCAAUCUGGCCAAUUUGGUGGAGUGCAAACGGGAACCGGAUCACGAUUUCCCCGAUCUCGGCUCAUUGGACAAGGAUGGUGGUGGCGGACAAUUUCCGGGCUUUCCCGAUCUACUCGGGGAUGAUAACUCGGAGAACAACGACACGUUCAAGGAUCUCAUCAACAACCUGCAGGACUUCAAUCCCAGUUUCCUCGAUGGCUUCGAUGAGAAACCGCUGCUGGACAUAAAGACGGAGGAUGGCAUCAAGGUGGAGCCGCCCAAUGCCCAGGAUCUGAUCAAUAGCCUGAAUGUGAAGUCCGAGGGCGGUUUGGGCCAUGGUUUCGUUGGCUUUGGCCUGGGUCUGGACAACCCGAGCAUGAAGAUGCGUGGCGGCAAUCCUGGCAACCAAGGCGGCUUUCCCAAUGGUCCAAAUGGCGGGACAGGUGGUGCUCCCAAUGCAGGUGGUAAUGGUGGAAACUCUGGUAAUCUCAUGUCCGAACAUCCUCUGGCUGCUCAGACACUCAAGCAAAUGGCCGAGCAGCAUCAGCACAAGAAUGCCAUGGGCGGCAUGGGAGGAUUCCCACGACCGCCGCACGGCAUGAAUCCGCAGCAACAGCAGCAGCAGCAACAACAGCAACAGCAGCAGCAACAGGCCCAGCAGCAACAUGGUCAAAUGAUGGGACAAGGACAGCCGGGUCGCUAUAACGACUACGGCGGCGGCUUCCCGAAUGACUUUGGCCUGGGACCCAAUGGUCCGCAGCAGCAGCAGCAGGCGCAGCAACAGCAGCCGCAGCAGCAACACCUGCCGCCGCAGUUCCACCAGCAAAAGGGUCCUGGCCCAGGAGCCGGCAUGAAUGUGCAGCAAAAUUUCCUGGACAUCAAGCAGGAGCUAUUCUAUUCCUCUCAAAACGAUUUCGAUCUCAAGCGUCUGCAGCAGCAGCAGGCCAUGCAGCAGCAGCAGCAGCAACACCAUCAGCAACAGCAGCAGCAGCAGCCCAAAAUGGGUGGUGUGCCCAAUUUCAACAAACAACAGCAGCAGCAACAGGUGCCGCAGCAGCAACUGCAGCAGCAGCAGCAGCAGCAACAACAGCAGCAGCAGCAGCAGCAGUACUCACCCUUCAGCAACCAGAACCCAAAUGCGGCGGCCAACUUCCUCAAUUGCCCGCCAAGGGGCGGUCCAAAUGGCAACCAGCAGCCGGGCAAUCUGGCGCAGCAGCAACAGCAACCCGGGGGUGGACCGCAGCAGCAGCAGCAGCGCGGCAACGCCGGCAAUGGGCAGCAGAACAAUCCGAAUGCCGGACCCGGCGGCAACACUCCAAAUGCGCCGCAGCAGCAGCAGCAAUCGACCACCACAACGCUGCAGAUGAAGCAGACGCAGCAGUUGCACAUUAGCCAGCAGGGUGGCGGUGCCCAUGGUAUUCAGGUGUCGGCUGGUCAGCAUCUGCAUUUGAGUGGCGACAUGAAGAGCAACGUCUCGGUGGCCGCCCAGCAAGGUGUCUUCUUCAGUCAGCAGCAGGCGCAACAGCAACAGCAGCAGCAGCAACAGCCCGGCGGCACCAACGGACCGAAUCCCCAGCAGCAGCAGCAACAGCCGCAUGGCGGCAACGCGGGCGGUGGCGUGGGCGUUGGCGUGGGCGUGGGUGUGGGCAAUGGUGGUCCUAAUCCCGGACAGCAGCAGCAACCAAAUCAAAACAUGAGCAAUGCAAAUGUUCCCUCCGAUGGCUUCUCGCUCUCCCAGAGCCAAAGCAUGAACUUCAACCAGCAGCAGCAGCAACAGGCGGCGGCCCAGCAGCAGCAGGUGCAGCCCAACAUGCGCCAGCGUCAGACGCAAGCGCAGGCAGCGGCUGCAGCGGCGGCAGCAGCGGCGCAGGCGCAGGCGGCGGCCAAUGCCAGCGGACCGAAUGUGCCGCUCAUGCAGCAGCCGCAGGUGGGAGUGGGCGUAGGCGUCGGCGUUGGCGUGGGUGUGGGCAAUGGAGGCGUGGUCGGUGGACCCGGUUCCGGCGGACCCAACAACGGUGCAAUGAAUCAGAUGGGCGGACCCAUGGGCGGCAUGCCGGGCAUGCAGAUGGGUGGACCCAUGAACCCGAUGCAGAUGAAUCCCAACGCUGCCGGUCCGACCGCCCAGCAGAUGAUGAUGGGCAGCGGCGCUGGCGGACCGGGUCAGGUUCCGGGACCUGGUCAAGGACCAAAUCCGAAUCAAGCCAAGUUCCUGCAGCAGCAGCAGAUGAUGCGCGCCCAGGCGAUGCAGCAACAGCAGCAGCACAUGUCUGGAGCACGACCACCACCGCCCGAGUACAAUGCCACCAAGGCGCAGUUGAUGCAGGCGCAGAUGAUGCAGCAAACAGUGGGCGGCGGUGGUGUCGGGGUAGGUGGUGUUGGUGUAGGCGUAGGCGUGGGAGGAGUCGGUGGUGCCAACGGUGGCCGCUUCCCGAACAGCGCUGCCCAGGCGGCGGCCAUGCGGCGCAUGACCCAACAGCCCAUACCGCCAUCCGGUCCGAUGAUGCGACCACAGCAUGCGAUGUACAUGCAGCAACAUGGAGGAGCAGGCGGUGGCCCAAGAACCGGCAUGGGUGUGCCCUAUGGUGGCGGAGCAGGCGGUCCAAUGGGCGGUCCGCAGCAGCAGCAGAGGCCGCCUAAUGUCCAGGUUACGCCCGAUGGCAUGCCCAUGGGUUCGCAGCAGGAGUGGCGGCACAUGAUGAUGACACAGCAGCAGACGCAAAUGGGCUUCGGUGGACCAGGACCAGGUGGACCCAUGCGGCAGGGACCCGGUGGAUUUAAUGGAGGCAACUUUAUGCCCAAUGGUGCACCCAAUGGUGCAGCGGGCAGUGGACCCAACGCUGGCGGCAUGAUGUCCGGCCCCAAUGUGCCGCAAAUGCAGCUGACCCCAGCCCAGAUGCAACAGCAACUGAUGCGCCAACAGCAGCAGCAGCAGCAACAGCAACAGCAGCAGCAGCAGCACAUGGGACCUGGUGCCGCCAACAACAUGCAGAUGCAGCAACUGCUCCAGCAGCAGCAAUCCGGAGGCGGUGGCAACAUGAUGGCCAGCCAGAUGCAGAUGACCAGCAUGCACAUGACCCAGACCCAGCAGCAGAUCACCAUGCAGCAGCAGCAGCAGUUCGUGCAGAGCACCACCACGACCACGCACCAGCAGCAGCAGAUGAUGCAAAUGGGUCCAGGGGGCGGUGGUGGCGGCGGCGGGCCGGGAUCGGCCAACAACAACAAUGGUGGCGGCGGUGGCGGUGCAGCGGGCGGAGGCAACUCCGCGUCGACAAUUGCCAGUGCCAGUUCCAUUAGCCAGACGAUCAACUCGGUGGUGGCCAACUCGAAUGAUUUCGGUCUCGAAUUCUUGGACAACCUGCCCGUGGACAGCAACUUCUCCACGCAGGAUCUGAUCAACUCCCUCGACAACGACAACUUCACUCUGCAGGACUUCAAUAUGCCGUAGAUAAUUGUCGGUAACCACUCAAACACCACCUCCAGCCAGCACCAAACACAACCACCAUCACCACCAUAACCACCACGAUGUUGCCUCAGUUUUGUUUAGAUUUUUUUAUUUUGUUGCCUCUUGUUGUUAUUGGCCUGGACAGCCGAACCCAACCGACCCGACCUGACGCCCAACCGCCCCACACGGCCCCGCCCCCUUGUUCCUGCCAACGAAGUUAUUUUGUUUGUUAUAUGUGUGUGAAUUUAUUCCUAAGCUAAGUUCGUUCGUCUAUGUACUCUAAUUUCGUGGGCUCCACUGUAUUGUAUUGUAUUGUAUUGUAUUUUAUCGUAUUUGUAUGUAUUAUUAGAGCUGUUCCCAAGGUCCAAGGCGAGCGGCCACUGGGCGUGGCAGCGGCGAGAGUUCGCAAAAGACAUUCCAUAUGCAGCGGUCGAACGAAGGAAUUAGGGAAAUUCGAGAAAGUAUUUGCAAGUACUUUGAAAACAAUCGAACAGAUUUCAAAUUCUCAUACACCGAUACAGAUACAGAUACUACAGACUCGUUGUGCAACUUAAGCACUUGUACUUAAUGCAAAUUUGUAGUGCCACGCCCAGCGGAUUGCACGCCCCAUUUCGUUUGAUUACUUAAGCAAAAACCAGAUGAAAUGAUGGAAGCAAACACAAAAAGAACCAACAACAAAACAAAAUCGAAAAACAAAACACAAAAUAGUUGUACAUUUUAUAUUGUAUUUAAUUUAAUUUAAUUUUUAUAAAAACAAAAUCGACAAACUAAGAGAAACAAACAAAAAAGCAAAAGAAAACAAAAACGAAAAAAAAUGGGAAAACAGAUCGAGAAACUGUCAGAAUAAAGAGCAAAAAUAUUGGUGAUAUUUUAAAUGCUUAAACACAAAUUGAGAAAUAAGCGAAUCAAAUGAGAAAACAACAAAAAGCGAAGACCACAAAGCAUAGUGAAAGCGAAGAAAUUUUUAAAAAAAAGCGGCAUAAAUUUGAGAAUGAGAAGCAGUUAUUAUUAUUAUAUUAUAAUUAUUAUUGUACAUUAAUUUUUUAGACGAGUUCAUUUUUAAAUGGAAUUUUAAACGCGGAGCAACAGUGCGAGAAAUGCGCAAACAAAACAUAUUUAAAAAAUAUACACUAUAUAUUAUGCGUAGUUUUUGGUAGUGAAACGUAAUUAGUAGUUUGUUAAAUAAAUUGAUAUACACCCAGAAAUACAUAAUAUACAAAUCAUAUGUAUGCGAUCCGAUAUAUUUGAUUACUGUAAAAGCAGCGCUAACAAUUUACGAGUAUAUAAUUAGUCCAUAAGUCGCCACAAAAUGUUUGAGGAGCUAAGCGGAGAUCGAAAUUUAUAUUUACUACAUGCGCCUGGCCGCAUUACCAAGUGAUGCCAUGCCAAGCCUAGCCACGCCCACACAAAUGAGGAGGAGGACGAACAAUAUUAGAGCAAACAAAAAUGAAAUCGCGAAAAGAAGAGCAAAUGAAAAUGCCAGAGAUUCCAGCAAUGAAAUUAUUGUACGACAACUAAUUAGAGCAAUUCCAUAAGUCCGUAAGUUAGACGACACGUUCAGUUGAGGCCAUAGAAAUUUUUGAAUCAAUCGGGCACAGUGGUUGCCACUUCCACAAUUAUAUAGUAACAGACAGCUCACAGCCAUUUUUGCAGAGUUUACAUACAUACAUUAAUUAGGAUCAGCAGCAACAAAUCCAUAGCACACACGCCUAGCAAAAAAAAAUAUAUAAUAAAUUUAAUGAAAAGUAUUUAAGCCGCAGACAAACAAACGAUUAAAACCUAACAAAAUUUACUAUUACAAUUAUAAAUGAAUAAAAUACGCGAAUUGUAGUUUGUAAUUAAUGCUAAAGAUACGAAGUAAAAAUUUGUUUAUAACUAUUAUAUACCGCAAAUUAUAUAUACACUAUUAUUACUAUAUACAAUAUGGCAUAUUAUUAUUACAUUUAUAUAUAUAUACAUAUAUAUAUAUUUCACCAUUCAAACAAAAUAGCGAGCAAAGUCGUUAGGUGUUCAGAUGCCGCCUCGCUAUGCAGUUCCAUUGAUCAGUUUCCCCGCGAAACUAUUGGCCAAUCACGACGAGAUGCAGCAGCAAUCCGAACUUGAUAUCAAUUAACAAGAAAGCAACCAGCUGCCAGCGGCAAACCAUAGCAUACCACCAUACCAUGUUUACCAUCUCGAAACUUUAAAUUGCAAUGCUUUAAAGCCUGAUCGGAUUUUCGGGCAAGAGUAAAAUCGAUUUGGUCAGCCGUGUGGUUGGUUUUCCAUUUGAUUAGCCGGAUGUAUUGGUGCGCCAGCCUUCUGUUUGCCGUUUUGUUGUUCUCCGAGAUUGAACGAAAUGUUGGGAAGCAAAAACAAACAUUUACAGAUGUUCUUUUACGAUUAAAAAAGGAAACUAAAAAAAUAAAAUAGAAAAAUAUUACUUUUGUAAAUAAA